AUAGUAGUCCACUUCACGCUACUUGACCAGCUUCCCAGAAUCCGUCCCCGCGACCCGAUAAAACCUCUAGCCCUUCGAUCCCUGAAACCCUAAUCCCUCUUCUUCUUCCCCCGCUUCCCUACUCUCCUCUCUCUGAUGUGGGGAGGAGGAGCUCCUGGAUCGAUGGAGUCGGCCGCCGUCGUCCCUAUGGAGGACACCAUCGAUGCUCUAAUGGACUACCUCGUCGCCCCUCUCCUCCCAUUAAGGGUCUCCUCGCAGGAGGCCCUUACCGACGAUCAGCAGGAGGCCGUGGCGAGACAGAUUCAUGCAGUUGUGCUGCUCUAUAAUUAUUACCACCGGAAGCAGUUCCCGCAACUUGAGUUUCUUGCUUUUGAAACUUUCUGCAAAGCUGCUUCUGUAGCUAAACCUAGUUUGUUGACAUACUUGAAAUAUAUGCAUAAAUAUGAUGAUGGAUCAGGAAAUCUGAACAAACAGCUCUCAAUCACGGAAAAAAAGAUCAUGGAUGCCUGUAACAUUUCUAAGGCAUUAGAUGCAUCAAACAAUGCUCCAAACAUAGAGGGUUGGCCAACUUUUAAAGUUGCUGUGUUUUUAAUCGAUCACACCAAAGAAAAAUGUUUGCUUCAGUUUGGAUGCAUAACACAGGGGGUCUGGUCAUUGUUGGAACAAGAACUUGAAGAGCCUAUGGACAAUCAGGUAGCUGGCACCCAAAUAAACAAUAAUGUAUCAAAAAACAAAGAGAUUGCAAUUAGGUGUUCACAUGGGUCUUAUGAAAAUGAUAAUGUGCUUCAGCAACUUGCAUUUUCUAUCGUGGAGAAAAAAGCAGGUAUUAAUCGUGCAAAUAUUUGUAUUCUGGAACACCAUUUGGUGUAUUCAUUAAGUCAGGAGAAGACGACUACUAGGUUAUAUAUAAUGAAGUAUACAGAAACAGUAAGUGAAGGACUCAGGGAACUUUAUAUCAAAGAUGUUAUUAGCAGCUUGAAAGGCCCUUUGGUCAGGAGGGCUUUAACUCCUGAAGUAAGACCUGUUGUUGAGCAUUAUAAUCUAUUGCCAUAUGUUGACAUUUUAUCUGAUUGGCUAAACAGGGCAACACUUCAUGAUGGUUCGGAGCAUUUGCCAAGGCUGCAGGCAGAUGUGAAUGAGAAAUUCUCAUUGUUGUCAGACAGAGUACCCACUGCUGAAGAUCCUAAAACCAAUAAUAAAUCUGAUUGGGGUGAGAAAACAGUGGACAAGAUAAGCAACACUGAAAAUGGAACUAUAAUGAAGAAUGAAAGUAGAACAUCUUCUGAGUUUGGGUCAUCAAAAUCUGCUUGUAGACCUAAAGCCAAUGCUUGCAUUUUGUCUGUGGAAGCAGAUAAAUUGUCCACCAUAGAAGAUCAGGUGGCAAGUGAUAAAUCUUCUCCGAAUGGACAAACUGUGGAUAUGUUGAGUAACAAGAACAGGAUAAAAGAGGCAGUUACAAACAACAUAGCAAUUGAUGGAUCAAAUAUGAGUGGGUCAGCCACAGUUGUGUAUAGACCUCAUAACAAGGCGGGUAAUUCACCUUUGAAUCAGUAUCAGCAACCAUCGGUUAACGAGGAUACCAAGAGGGAAAACAACAUUUCAUGUACUUCUACCAAUAAGUGGAAAAAGAAUAAUAUUCAGGGUACUGCAGAUGUCACUCUGCAGGGCUGUAAUGACAAGGUGAGUAUUGCAGAUUCAGUUAAGCCAUGCACAACAAAAGGCAUGGAUGGAGAACAGCAAGGCAAAACAGAGAUGGGUGAUGCCGUUGAAGGUAGAAUACCUACAUUUGAUCUUCCACUUGUUCCUUUGCAAUUGAAUAUGGAAGAUCAAGAUGCAUUUCAACUUGUAAUGGCAUCAAAGAAAGGUGAUCUGCUACGGGCUUCCUUACAAGCUCUUCAGAAAAGACGUGAUGAUUUAUGUCAGCAACAACGCAUUCUUGAAGAUGAAAUUGCUCGAUGCGAAAUGAACAUCCAAACAAUUUUAAGCGAAGGGGAAGAGAACUCAGAGCCAAAAGUUGAAUCCAUAAUAGAAGCAUGCAAUGUUUUAUGCUCAAGCCAAACGCAUGUGGAUAGAUCUCUGUGUUCUGGAGAAGGGGGCCGAACUCAGAAAAUCAAAAGGAAGAGAUUGGCGGAGGCAGUUCUCAAGUUAAGGAGUUCGUGCCAGGAAUUGGAUGAUAUAUGCUGCGCGAACAGCUGGAUAUUACCAAGAUAUAGUGUGCUUCCAUCCAUUUCAGAUGGAAGGUUCCAGGCAAGUGUUACAGUUAAAGGGAUGGACUUUGAGUGCACAGUCGGUGGUGAUUUGAAGAGCAGUCCUCGUGAAGCACGGGAGUCUGCAGCAACUCACAUGUUGAGCAAACUUUGCAGCAUGGCCGGCCAAACACAGUAAUUAGUCGGCCAAAUAGUUCCCAUACUGGCUCAAUCUCUAGUCAUAAACCUCCACUAUCUCAAAGGAGCUACACAAAGUGUUUUAUUUUCUUUUUGAGUAUUCUGGGUAUAAUUCAUGCCGAUUGUGAGUGCUAAAUGCUGAAUCAUACCAACAGAGCAUGAUGCCAAACUCAAGAACAUCUUGUGUCUUGUACCACAGAAACCAAUAAGGAUGCUAAAUUUUGAUUAUAGAUCAGCCAGAAAGCUUAACAUAACCAUCCAACAU